UACACAAGUCAAGAGUAUAGCAAAGAGGCCUUUACAAUUAAAAGAAAUAAAUAUCAAUAUUGUGAAUACAAGUUAAACUAUAUUAGAAGGCUGGAUGAUAGUUAUUCUAAUGAAGAAAAUAGUGUACAACUUCUUGUGAAUGUUCAAAACCUAACUCAUGUUAUUAGAAAAAGAAAAACCACUAAAUAUUAUUAUAAAAAUAGUGUAGAAAAGAAACAAAACUGGCAAGAAACUUCUAGAGAUACAUACGGGUAUAGACAAUCUAAUGAAGUGACACCAAUUGCAUAUCUUGGUCUUGCUUUAACACAAUAUUAUCUGAUAGACAAUGCUUAG